AUGACGGUCGCCAAAUCCCUGUCGGUAGUCGUGACUGAGGCGAGGACUCUGCCGACCCCGCUCGCCCAAUAUCUCUCUGCCUUUCAUGUCGACUCCAAAAAGCUGCUUGACCUCACUCGAAGGUUCGAAGCCACCUUUAGGCACUUGGCCGCAAAUUCUCAGAAUCAAUUCCUCCCAACACCUAUUUUGACGUCCCUGCUCCGGCCCAUUGGAGACUUUAGCAAACAGGAGGGCUGCCUAAACAGGCAAUUGGCCAUUGACAUAACUCCCUCGAUCCGCAUCGCAGCCAUUGCCAACGACUCCGUGGCAACCCUCGUCUCUUUCAUCUAUCAGUAUGGCGAAACCGAGAACCGAGUACCCGCGAUGGGUCUCAUAGUCGGCACCGGCUGUAACGCGACAGUUACCUUACCGUUGGAAAUAAUGGCUAAUAAGAUCAGCUCCGUCUCCUUCGGCUCCGAGAUCAGCUCGGGACCCAAGCAUAAUAGAAUCGCCGUCAACACAGAAUGGACGAUAAACGGGACUGCUGUUCCACUGAGAGAGCUAGGACUAAUCACAAAAUGGGAUGAAGAGCUCGAUCGCGCAGGCGAGAGUCCCGGCUUUCAGCCUCUGGAAUACGUCACGUCCGGACGAUACCUUGGCGAGCUGGGACGCAUCAUCUUUCUCGACUAUCUAACCACAGAACUCGGAAUCGCCCCUGCACUGCUACCGAGCGCUCUGCUUGAGAGAUAUGCCAUGUCCACGACGUUCCUUAGUUACUUCGGUCCUCCGAACCCUCGCUUUCUGGAGAAGCUAGAGAAUGCGUUCCCCACGGCAACGGGGCCCUCCCACUUCCGGUGGAACGAGUCGCAUGUCGAGGCUUUAUACCAGAUCGCCCAGGGAAUUCAACACCGAGCCGCAUCGAUUCUCGCGGCGGCCACGAUUUCCCUUCUCAGAGUCGCCGGCGAGGUCCCGCCUGUGCCCGACGUCAAGAGCGCCUCCCCUCCACGGAAUGGCGUGAAGAAGUUAGGCGUCGGCUAUACGGGUGGCUGCAUCGUGAACUUUCAAAACUACCUCUACGAUUACGAGAAGCUUCUGAGCCAGAUCGUUUCCGAGGAGUUUGGACCCCAGAUCCCCGUCGAGGUGGAGUUGAAACCUUGCCAUUGUGGAGGAAUUACGGGUGCCGGCAUCUUAGCUGCGGCGGUUCUGGCAAGUGAAGGGCAAGAGAGCAAAUCUUAA